GGGGAGGAGGGGCCUUUGGAUGUCCUUUUCAAUGAGCCCCGCAGUGACGUCACCAGCCGGCGACGACUGUGUGGUUUCCCCCACGCGGGUCUGUUGUCGGGCAUGGAGGCUACUGACCCCGCUGGGGUUGCGGGUUCUUCCCCAGGGUUGGCGGUCUGCGGAGACCUGAUGGUGGUCACCGGUGGAGCCAAGCUCUUGGCGGCCCUUUACAAAGAGCCUGGGAAUGAUGAUAUUUUCAUUUAUGACUGUUCCACAGCAAGAGAGAAGCUUCAACAGAAUCAAGGAGAUGACGGAAAGUCAGCUGGUGAAGCAAGUAACGAUAUCCUUGCCUGCACGUUUUCUUCAUCAGGAACCUACUUUGCUCUGACUGAUGACAACAAACGACUGAUCCUUUUUCGUACGAAACCGUCUUGGGAAUGUCUGAGUGUAAGGUCUGUCGUUAGAAGAUGUACUUCCCUGAUUAUAACAGCAGCAGAAGAUAAGAUACUAGUUGCUGACAAAUCAGGUGAUGUCUACUCGUACUCAACAACAGAGCCUGAAAAUGCAGGAACAAUUGAACUUGGUCACUUGUCUCUUCUGUUGGAUGUGGCGCUGAGUCCCGAUGACCAGUAUAUCCUAACCGCUGACCGUGAUGAGAAGAUACGAGUUAGUUUGACUAGAGCACCACAUAACAUUGUGUCCUUCUGCCUGGGACACAGAGAAUUUGUCAGCAAAAUAUUUGUAAUACCAAACUAUCCAGAACUUCUCUUAUCAGCUUCUGGGGACUGUACAUUGAGGCUCUGGGAAUACAAAAGUGGGAAGGAAGUGCACUGCUGUCAUCUGAAUAGUUUGAGUACAUCUGAGGCUCCCCCAAAUGAGAAGAAAUAUGCAGUCUCCAGGACAGCCUAUUGUUGUGAAGGAAAUUACAUUGCCAUUUUAUAUGACUGUCUUCCCACAGUUUCCAUCUUCCAGCUUGACCCCGAGGCUCAGAAACUCAUUCACAAACAGAACAUCCCCUUGAACUGCAAAGGCUGGGCCAUUGCAUUUGAGGAAACGGGGCGGCUCUGGAUUCUGCAGGAGGACAUGCAAACACCUCUUCUGUUCUAUCAACCUGUGAAUGGACAGUGGCAGUCUUCUACUGAAGAGAGAGGGUUGGUUAAAAUGUCAAAGUGCAUCCGUGACAACUGGGCAGCAUUUGAAGGCUCCGUUGGCAAAGAAAGUUGCUACCAAAAUCUCUACAAGGCUUCUUUUGAUAACAUGGCCGUUUACCUCCAAAAGAAAGAAGAGAGACUUCAGCAGCAGAAGAGUAAGAGAAAGGACCCGCAGCAUGAAUCAAAUGGGCAGACAAAGAAACUCAAAACAUGAGCAGCAUCCUUGUUCAGUGCAAAAUUUGGUUGUGACUUGCAAUGCAUUGGAAGAAGCUGGUAUGAGAACUACGGAAUCACUUGGCACACUGAAGAACAAGCUGGCUUGAUAUUUUCCACAAAGUGCAAAUAUUCACACGACUAGCCUUAUUAUGGUGACACUUCCUAACUUGUCAGUGAUAAAUAUGUCCUCUGCAAACUCUAGCUGCUUGCCUUGACUGUCAGCGUAGAUACCAUUGGGUGAUGACAUCGUGAUGCAUGGCGAGGAAGGGGACACACUGCAAAACGUGCUCCUCCAAGCUGAAAGCCUUUCUUGGUUCUGCUUUCGUACAUGUGCCACAUAAGCCAUAGUGUGUGUCAGAACCCUCUGUCAAGUACAGGCCCCUAAAGCUCACUCAGCAAUGCCUACCUUACGUCCUUCAGUCCUCCUCUGUCCAGAAAGAAGGUGGAGAGCAGGAAUGGAUGGAGGAGGAGGUUUCCAGUCACUUCACAAGUCAAUGGUGGUCGCUCCAUGCUGCCCUGUUCCCCAGCGGGGUCUGGGGAGCUCACUGCAUCCCACUGUGCCACGCAACCCUGGAGUUUAGCCUCCCCUUCCUGUUGGAAGCAAUCCCUUUGACUAUUCUAGUUACUAGCUAAGGAUGUACAUUACCAAAGCCAAAAUAUCCUUGGGUAAUUCUCAGAGGUCACCUUUCAUGGGGUGACUUCAUUGUGCAACAAAUCAUAAAUGUGGAGUCCCUGCAUAACCACAGUUCUGCAGAGCAUUUAAACUGGUGGAAAUACAAUAUCUUCAUAGUGAAGUUAAUGAAUUGCAUUAUAGUGUUGGGACGUGGUUGGCACUGUGGUCUAAACCACUAAGCCUCUUGGGCUUGCUGAUUGGAAGGUUGGCGGUUCGAAUCCCCGCGACAGGGUGAGCUCCCAUUGUCCCAGCUCCUGCCAACCUAGCAGUUCAAAAGCACGCUAGUGCAAGUAGAUAAAUAGGUACCGCUGCAUCAGGAGGGUAAACUACGUUUCCAGGCGCUCUGACACUCGUCACGGUCCUCUGUGCGCCAGUAGCGGUUUAUAGUCAUGCUGGCCAUAUGACUCAGAAAACUGUCUGGACAAACGCUGGCUCCCUCGGCCUGAAAGCGAGCAACCCCAUAGUCGCUUUUGACUGGAUUUAACCAUCCAGGGCUCAUUUACCAUUACCUUUUACCUUACUUUGUAGUGUAAGGUGAGUGUAGUGACUUACUGGACCAAAAGUGGGAUUCCAUUGCUGGAGUUGUCCUUUGACAAUGGGGCGAUUUUCUCUAGAAGGAAUCUGUCUGAUAGCUGGAUGGGUGGGUUUGUUUGUUUGUUUUUCGAACUAAAUUAAGGCGACCUUUUUACUAUGGGAAAAAGUAUCCAUACUUUUGAGAUGUGAUUUAGACUGCAACUUGCCAGCUUGAGUGUCUUUUUUAUAUAUAAUAAUAAUACAAAGUUAAAGGAUUUUAUUUCAUAGAUUCUGUUUUAGAAUGUGAGAGGCACUGAAGUGUUCUGAUACAGUAUAUACCAUAUUGGCAUACAAGUGGCAUAUCACUGAAUGAAUAAUAUACUGUAAACAAGCCGUAAAAUGUGGCAGCCGCAUUCUGUCGCCGAGAAGACUCUGCCUGUUCAUCUCAGCUGUUUCAAGUUAUUCAGAAUUCCAUUUCAUAAAGUUGAGACAGUUACAGGUAGUGAUUGCCCCAGCUACUUUUGAAUGGCAUUUCUCAUCAGGAGGCCUGUUGAGAACGAACCUGGGAACUGCACAUAGAACAAUCAAGGAAAAGACGAAAGAAAAGGCUGUAGGUUUGAUGAGGCUCCUACUGGCAAUGUCUAAUGGGGCAGGGUUUCCAGACCUGGAUCAAAGCAAUUGCACAAGUGGUUAUGUGCAUGCAGCAUAUCAUUGCGGUGCCUUUUCUCAAGCAGUAAAUUAUUGCCUUCCACGGUGCUUCUGAAACCAAAGGGAAUUUUGAUGUUUGUAAUGUUCACAGAAUCUAAACCCCCACAGGACAUGCGCAGCUCCUGGUUUGGAGCCAUCCAAGUGCUUGAGGUAGAUUCUGCACUCAACUUGCAAUUGUUACACAAAGCUUGUCUACACAAACAGUGUUGGACCUUAGCCUGUUAAGUUUUCCCUAAGUUUCAAGCAGCAUCUUAAGCAGAGGUGAAUGAGAGCUGUGGACUGCCAGCACCAUUACUGAGCUGAUUAAUCAUUGACCUCAAUAGGAUUAUUUUCUGGUUUAUGAAUAUUCCUGGUAAUUUAAUGCAGUGUUUAUCAACCUGAAAGUUGACAAUGAUGGAGACAGAUCCACUUCACUAGGGAGGGCGUUCUUCAAAUGGGAAACGAUUACUGAAAAGGCCCGGUCAUAGGUCACUGCCAACUGGGUUGUCCUUGGUAAUGGCACCACCAGCCACGCCUUACCUGCAGAUCAUAGAGUCUGAGUUGGCUUUUCUGGUCUUAAGUUCAGUUCUCCACAUUCCCACAUCAGUUUAUGAUUUUCUUUAAAAAGCCUCAUGAAAGUCCAACAUUUCAGUGUGAAUUUCUCCAAAUAUACGCUGUUUGGGAUGUGUAUGUUUUGCCUCACAUACACAUGUUUGCAAAGCAAUUUCCCCAAAUAUAGUGCAUUUUUGUAUGUUAUUUUCAUUAACGUAUGCACGCUUCCUAAAUCUGUUCUGCAGUUUCCCUCAACCCUCCAGAGGGGGUGUGGAAAAUGGACAAGUUGCAUUACAUAAAUGGAAACCCUUGAGCUAACGGAACUACCUGUACUUUGUUGAGGAACGCCCACAACAGUGAUUUAACCUGUGAACUUUUAAAGUAACAGCUGGGUCUUGUCUUUCUGAAAACCAUGGAAGAUACGGCCAAGUAGCCCUUGUAGCCCUUGUAGUCCAGUAGCAAUCUGCAAUUCCUUUUAUUUGCUGUGCUCCUGGCAAAAAGUAGUCUGUGUGGUAUCACAAUGAAAUAUUGGAGUGUCCCAGACUCCUUUGUUUGCCUCGUAAGAGUUUUCAUCAUAGCUGCCAAGUUAUCCCUUUUUUACAGGGAUUUUCCCAUAUGCUGAAUAGGCUUCCUCGCGAGAAAAGCGAAAACUUGGCAGCUAUGGUUUUCAUCAAACCGCCUGGGAGUCCUGUUCCAGAUAAAACCUAUGCCCAGAACACUCACCCAAACAAUUGUCACAUUUUGUGCUGUACAAAUUGGUGCAUGUAAUCAGAAGGUUCAGUUAUAAGUAAUUGUUCCCUUUCCUUUGUCCAAACUAUUCCAAAUGAGAUUGUCAUCAUGAGGAAGGCUGUGCUCUAAAGAAACUUCAAAUGGCAACUUAAAAGGGUCUAUUAAAGAGUCUGUGACCAUGUUUUGGUACAGCACACACACUUUUUCUGACGCUUCCUGUUUGUGUCAGAGCUGCUGCUUCACUCACUGCUUACGGUAGUUACACACCCACAUUCUGUGAGGCAAAUAGGUGGAUUCUUUGUUGGGAAGGAUAAAGGAGAAUAUUUCCAUGCUGGUGCUCUUUGUUCUUUUCAUUGUUAGGUCAGUGCUUUGUGUGCUUAAAUGAAUAUAAAGCACAUGAAAUAUAGUAGAUGUUGCAUUGUUUUGAGCACAUGAGUUGUAAUUUAUUUACUUUUUAAGAUUCCAGAAUGUAUUCAUGAGAGAGAGAGAGAGCGCCCCAGGUGCAAUAUAUCAGAAAUAUAUUUCAGAUGCAGUACAGUACUAAGCCAGGGAGUUUUAUCUAUGUAGACAGGUUCUCAUUGUGUGAAGAACCCUACAUGUGUAGGACAGGCUUCCUUCUACAGGUGUGCCCCCACUGCAUAACUUGUGGGUGUGAUAAAGUACUGUAGUUCUACUCCUGCUCCAUGGGAACUGAGUGACCCAAGUAGGACUUAUCCUCUGGCUGGGGGGCGGGGGAGGCUGUUGUCCCUCAGGAUGCUGCUGUUCACCAUUGGGGGGAAGAGGUUGAAUGAGUUCUCCAAUGCUACAUAUGCACAAACAGUAUAAAUGAAUUUUCUUUUUAAAUGGAAAGAGCAGUGGCAUGGCUGCUUUUCAAGCUAUGUUUUGGGGGGAGAAAUACUAGUAGGCAAGCAGUUCUCAAUAAAACAUUCUAACCAUUCACAUAAUGACGCAGGUUUGGGAAAGGAAGUUCACUGCCAGUGACGACACCGGCACUGUCCAAUAGGGUCCUGCACUCAUUUAACCAUGUAUGCUCCAACCGUAUCUAUUGUUGGUGUCUGUUUCUGUUCAGUCACUGUCCCUGCUUUAUCUUAGGGGAAGAUGUUGAGGAGCCCUUUCUAAAAUGCUCUUAGGUGGCUUUGACCAAGUCUUUGAGGAGCUCUAUGAAAUGCUGAAGUAACAGGGAUUUCUUUUUGCUGUGUUUUUUUUACAGGUGUCGGCUUUCCUUGAGAAAAUCGUAAAAGGAUUUCUUUGGGGAAUUAGAUUGGCUUGGAAACACUAAAUAAGUUUUCAUCCGGCACUGGAGUAGUGUAGUGCCAGAGUGUUCUACUCAGAGUUAUGCUCACACUUCUUCGAAUCAAUCCAUUAUUAUUAUUAUUUUAAAUUUCAUCUCUAGGAGAAUGCAGGUGCUUCCAGACAGGGGCCUCAUAUUGUAAAUGAGCUGCUCAGAUCUGAUUUUCUGCAUGCACAUUUGGCUUCCAUGCAUUACUGUUUUCCCGGCCCUCAAUAUUCAUUAGUAUUCUGCGGCUUGCUUGCCAUCAACACCCCUGCCUGGCUCCCUUUCAGCACUGGAAGUGGGCUGGGGGGAAACAGCUGAAAGCACAGUAUUGAGUAAGGCAGGUGCGCUCCAGUUUGUAUAAAAAGUUGACCUAUCCCACCCUCUCUUUAUAGCCCAGCUCAUGUUAAACAAACUCGCGCACGUCUGAUUGGGCUCCCAAAGAGACUUCCGAGAUCUGAUGUGGCUCUUGUUGAUUGUUCGUGUGACAAAGAAGAACCCCUGAGAGUAUCCUCAGCGCGAAAGACAGCCGAAGAAAUAGAUUGGAUAUGGAUUACCUUAUAAUAGGUUUUUAAAAGCCCGCGAAGCAUAGAAUUAAGCCUGAUGUAUUUAUGCGCGAGGCAUAUAUUAGUCUGAUCUUCAGCGGCAUUUCAGUUACUGUCUCUGCUUCUGCAGCUGCAAUUUAGCCCUCAGAAGGAUAAAUGCUGGCAAUUAAUUGCAGGUGCAAAAUUGUGCAUGCUGUAAUGGAACAGAAGGGAGCCGCUAUCACAACAAUAGCAGCAGUUGAAAAGAAAACUGCAGACCUAGUUUAUUUUGACUGCUUAUGUUGGUUCCAUCACCUCAGUUGCUUUUUGAGCCCGGCAUGCAUUUAUCUCCCCAAGGGCUUUGGGAGAUAAAUACAUUUCAGGUUAGAAAGGAUGCGGAGGACGAGAGGCAGCGCUGUUCACUUUCACUAGUGCAGGCACAAAACAGAUAACAGGGGGAAAACUAUUUUCAAAGUACAUACUGUACUGUGCAGGAUUCAUCUAAUACACCACACCAAUGGAAGCAUUGCGUAAGGACUUCAGCUUGCACAAAGGGAUUUCUCCCCCUUGGGCCCCCCCUUAAAUUGGCUCUGGGGAGGAUGAGAGGACCCCCAGAACAGAGCAUGGGGGAAGGAGAGGGGGGGAUCAUUGCAUGUGGCAGAUGGAACAGUUGUCAUGAUAUGGAAUUCUACUCGGUGUAUUGUAUUAAAUGUCAAUUUAAAACAUAAAAUGUAUUAAAGCACUAAAAAGUGUGUGUGUGUUGUGUGUAAUGAGGUGAUUCGUAGCAGUGGAUCGGUCCCAUAAACAAGCUUUGCCAAUCUGGCGCCCUCCAGAUUGCAACUCCUAUCAGCCCAAGUCUUUAGCACAUUCAUACUAAUAUUAUUUAUUGAUAUUUAUGGUAUCUGUGGGUCACUUCCCAUGAGACAUUCUCAGGCAAUUUGCAUUAGCAAAUCUGCACUCCCAAAAAAUCUGGAGGGUACCAAGUUGGAGAAUGCUUCCAUGUAAGAACAGAAAUGUCAGACUGGGAAGAUCUAGAAACAUCAGAUUUCAUAAUAAUAUAGGAAAUCGCUGCUGCAGAGUGGGCCAGAAGUACAUAUAAAGCUUAUUCAAUGCACAUUUAAAGCACAUGGCACCCUGGGAACUGUAGUUUCCCCACCACAGAGCUGCAAUUACCAGCACUCUUAACAAACUGCAUGUCCCAGGAUUCUUUGGGAAUGUGCAGUGAAUAAGCUUUAAAUGCAUAGUGUGACUCUGCCCUAGUGGGAUCAUGAAUACAGUUAUUAUGCUGUGCCUUAUAUGUCAGUUUUCAUGUCAGUGUAUUUUCAUCUACU